AAUCCACCCUUUUAAAUCUGAUUUUUCCUAUCAUCCUAGAUUCCUAGUAUUAUCCUAGUGACUAACAGCACACUCAUCUACUCAAUCAUCCUGAUCAAAAAUAAUUAUUUGGUGAAUCUGGUUGAUUCAUGUCCUUUUAGGGUUGAUUUCAUUCCCGUUUCGAAUUUCUUCCACUUUUAAACUCAAAAUUAAAAUAAUUUUAGAAAAAGUAGAUUAAGGAGUAGGAAAAUUGCAAUUAGAAUCGAAUCAAGGAGAAAAAACUCAUUUGUGAAGGGAUAAUCGACGUCUGUUAAUAUGUCGACUUCUGACAUUGCCAGCAUUAUGGAAAAUUCAAAGGAGGUAGACCGGCUCAGGAAAGAACAGGAAGAUGUUUUGACGGAAAUCAAUAAACUUCAUAAGAAACUUCAAACUAAUCCUGAAGUUGUGGAGAAGCCUGGUGAUAUGUCAUUAUCUAAGCUUAAGAAUUUAUACACUCAAGCUAAGGAACUUGCAGAAACUGAAAUGCGAGUAUCUAAUGUUUUAUUAACUCAACUCGAUGCUUUGCUCCCUCCUGGACCUCCAAGAAAGAGACUAGAAGGUAAUGAGCAAAAGAAGAAACAGAAGAAGAAUGAUUCUGAUAUUUCAAGGGUCUCUCCUUCCAUGAGAAACCAACAUGAUAAUCCUGCUAGUUUGAAAGGUGAACAGGUUGCAGCAAGGGUUACAACAGAAGAAUCUGACAAGGAUGAGUAUAUUGUGGUGAAAGUGAUACAUUAUGACAGGGAAGCAAGAGAAUUUGAAGUGCUUGAUGAAGAACCCGGUGAAGAUGAAGAGGGUGGUGGCCAAAGAAAAUAUAAGCUUCCAGUGUCCCAUAUUAUACCUUUCCCAAAACGGAAUGAUCCUUCUACAGCCACGGACUUCCCUCCUGGACGAGCAGUUUUGGCAGUUUAUCCUAGUACCACGGCGCUGUACAAAGCGACAGUAGUAAAUCCAAAUCGCAAGAGGAAGACUGACGAUUAUCUUCUCGAGUUUGAUGAUGAUGAAAGUGAAGAUGGAUCCAUGCCGAAAAGGACUGUGCCAUUCUAUAAUGUGGUUGCCUUGCCGGAAGGACACCGACAGUGAUUAUAAACAUUCAAGACUUUAUCUAUAACUAGUUUGGUUGGUUUAUGCCCACAAGUAGGUUGAAAUAAGCUGGAAGCGGCACUGUGUGAUGUUCGGGUUUUAGUUUUUGUAUAUCGUGUUCGUUAUUUUCAAUUGUUGAAGCAUCUGAAUAAUGUGCAUAACAGUGACGGUAGGCGUGUGUAAGAAUUGAGUUAAUUAUGCGCACUGUAUAAAAUGAUGCAUUAUUAAUUGUUAUGGUCAGUGUCAUAUGAUUCACUAUUUCUCUCAUGAAUCGCGAAUCGAAAAAAGUGAAUUAUGAUCAGUAUUGGACUAUUUUUUGAGUCAUUUUGGACAAUUGUGAAUUCAGAGAGCGAAUUAUGUUACGUUGGUUGUAAUAUGGAGCAAGAGUUUUAGUUCU